AUGUACGAGUCCAUCACAUCACUACCUCCAGCCAAACGCUACAUCAUCACGCACAACGAGCAGGGCAAAAGCACUAUCCACUCAAGCCCAGCGCUACAAUUCUACGGCUACCCAGGUGUCGGUGGAACAGCUCGAUCAUAUGCCACGUCUUCCACCCCAGCCACUCUUGAGGGCGACAAGGAUAUCGAGGCAUACACAUCCAAAGAAGGAGACGUCAGUUACACCGGCCGCUCUAUCGUAUCCAAUGGAUCGGGUUCCCACCUCAUUGUCUGCGAACUCGGCCCCGGACAAGCCAGUCAGAUGCACCAAACUGUAUCCAUCGACUACGUAGUCUGCACGCAUGGAAAGGUAAAAUUGGAGACUGCCACAGGAGAGAUGGUGAAUUUGAACCCCGGGGAUCAUAUUAUCCAGCGCGGUACUAUGCAUAAAUGGCACAACACGUCUGAGACUGAGCCUUGUAGGUUCAUUGCUUUUGUACAGCCUGCAGAGCCGUUUCAGAUUCCGGGUACAGGAAAGAUGCUCGCAGAAGAGCAUGUCAGUGGUAGUGAAGCCAAGGACUUUGAUCUUAGUAAGCUGUAG